AUGGUGUUUAAGGGGAAGCCGACGUUCGAUGUAACGCCGCCGGACGAUUUCGACCCGAAGAACCCGUACGCGGAUCCAGUGGCGAUGCUCGAGCAUCGCGAAUGGCUGGUUCGCGAAAAGAUGGUCGCGAUCGAGCGUGCGAAGCUGCUUCGCGAACAGUUGAAGCAGUGUUACCGCACCGAGGGGGUGAAUCAUAUUAAGAACUGCAGCGAGCUGGUGCAAAAAUACCUGUCGUCGAUUAAGAACGUCGGGUGGGACUAUGUUGAGAUACGGAGCUGCACAGGAGAGCAGACAAUGCAGGUGCUGAGACUGAUUACUCCUGCCGUACGUUACGUCACAUUGCAUGCCUAUUGA